AUGGAAGUAAAGAACCUAAUUCGUGCUACUGUUGUGUUAUUCCUAUCAGACUGUACAGUCCGGGCUGCAAUUCCAUCAUUCAACGAUUUCGAUCGAGCACGUGAAGAAAUCAUGAAACGCCCAGAAAUUGUGUACGACAGCACAUUUUGCAGUGAGAUCGCUAGUGGAGAGGACAAGGUUGCUUGUCGUCUGAAAGAUAUUCCAUCUAUUGGAUUUUUGGUCUGCAAGAAGGCAAAGUAUGACGAAACACCGUGCAAGGAUAUUAUUGAAACCGAGUUAGCUAACUUUUUGAAACUACGCAGUGAAAAUAUCAACGUUGUCACAGUAGACAAGAAACCUGUUGAAAAUAUAAGAUGUGGAGCUACGACAGACCAAAUGUGUAGUGGAUUUUUGGAAGCAUGGAUUGAUCAAACAUAUGGAGAGUUUGGGCAUGUUCGCGAUCAUAUAGCUGAAGGCACAGUAGGUCAGCUGGUUGAAAAAAUCAUAAAAUUUACCAGGAAAGAUGAACUGCAAACCACCACAAGCGAUCUUAGAAAGAUCGUGGAAUAUAUGCAGCCAUCCUCAAAAGAGCAUAACUACAAACAGAUAUGUGAUCUGCAAGGUUUCUUUCUAAUAGAUGGAGGGUUUCUAAUUAAUGAUACACCAGAAAUUAAUGAGAACAUUGCUACAAAAGGCGUGUGUUGGGACGGAGAACCUACAACGGAGCAAGUUCUUUCGGGUUUGAAGAACAUGAUUGACGCGCUCAAUCACGCAAUGCAUUAGUUGGAUUGGCAAGUUGAAUAUUUCAUUUUUUUAUUAUUGUGAUGCGUUUAGAGAAUAUUUUAACAUUGAAACGCAAUCUUUAUAGUUUUUCUAGAAUAUAGGUAUAAAAGUUUGUGUAUAGCUUCUAUGAGCCGUGCAUAACAAUCAAUUCUUUCACAAGCGUACAAACGGUAAGCUGGAAGCGAAGGC